CACUAUUCCACAAUAAAAGCUUUAAAGAAAAAAAAAAGGGGAAUUAGUUAAUGACAUGACAUAGUGCCAAGUUGCCAAAUAGUCCAGCACUGAUCUUAUUGUGCUGACCAGCUAAGACAUUUUUGUUGCCUUUUUCUCUCUUUACUCUUUCACCUAUACAUACAUAUUUCUGUAUAUAUCUCUUCUGUGUUUUCACUCGUUUAUGGAUGUGGGGUGGUGGGGUUAAGGGGUUUUUGGUUUACUCCAUAGAUUGGACCUUGAAAAUGCAAGAUUUCAGCAAAUCUUGGACCCCACUAUUGUCUAUUCUAUAGUUUUGCCUAAUUUUUCCAAAAAAACCAAACGUGGCUUACGCACCCCCCACCCCCACCCCCUUUUCUUUAAACCCCAUUUAGUUGAAUUUAGCUAAAGAUUUUACCUUUUCUCUAUUAUUUAUGUGUUUGGUUUGGUAUUCUUCUUCUAGAAUCAAGAUUUGUCAAAAAAACAGUUAUUUUGUAGUUGGAGUGGGGUUGGCUUGAAGUUGACUACCAUUAAGUUAUCUUUUUUUGGUGUUAGCUGUUUCUGAAGAGGAUUGGAAGAGCCAAAAACUUGAUCUGAGUGGUGAAUUUGAAGUGGGGUUUCAUUUUUUUUGGAGCCUAUUUCCCGAAACUAGAAUUGGGGGAAACAAAUGCUGGUGGAUUUUGGUCUCUCUGUAUAACUAUAUUUACACAAGUAGAAGGUGAAGGAAGAAAGUUCAUUUAUCUGCUUUCUAAUGUUUAAUCACCUUGGAGGUGGAAUAUGGAAAACAGAAACAUGGACAAGGAUGGAACUAAUAAAGAAGAUUUAUUGCACUUUGUGAAGAAGGAAGAACAAGCAGAGGAGAAUAGUUGUUUGUCGACAAGAUUAAUAGAAGAGUUACAACCACAGCACCUACUUAGAUUCAGAAACCCACAUUUUACUGGAAAUUGCACUCAGAAAUUGUUCUUUCAUAGUUCUCUUGGCUUACAAAAUAAGCUUCCGAAGCAUAUAAUAAGUUUUGACGAAAGAUACUUUCUUCGCUGCCUUGAAUUGGUACACAUACAUUCCACAUGUAACUUCUCUUCAAAAAUGCAAAUUUUAUCAAAGAGUUCAGGUUCAAGAGAGGUUAGAAAUGAAAAUAUCUGCACUAAUGGCAAUCUGGCAAUCGAAUGUACUCAAGCUGCGGGGACUGAGAGUUAUGUCCCCGACUCCUCUGCAGAGUGGAUUCUUGGUGCAAUAACUGGUAGUAAGAGUAUGCUGAACAUUUUAAAGAGUCCUUUACUUAAUCAAUUGAGAUCUGUCAACUGUACCGUUGAUUCUGGAAAGGAAAAUAUACAUGAUAGUGAAGAAGCAGGUUUUUCUGAUUUCAUGAGCUCUCCCAGUGGUUUUAGUGUCGGUUCAUCACAGAAGCUACAGAAAGAGAUGACAGGUCUGGAAUAUCGUGUAUAUGGAUCUGAGCAUGUACACAGAAGGGUUCUUUCUGUAUCUAGUACAGCUUCGACAUGCUCAGAUCAAUCUUGUCUUUCAGCAGCUGCUCCUAUUUCUCAAGGAAUGCUCCAGAGGAGAUGGAAAAAUGGUUUACCACAUUAUGUCUUUUCCAUAGAUGGUAAAAAGGAAGUUUAUGCUGCUGAUUUGCUGAAGAUCGACUCACCUGAUGAUAAGUUUCUGGAUUAUGUUUACACAUUUCAUUCAAGACCAGAAGGCAAAAAGGAACGCGCCUUCUCUGCAAGGGAAUCACAUCUUGUAGGUAAAAUGACGGUGUCAACUUCAGUUACACUCAGCUCUACCAAGUUGGAGAUCAUGGAGACCCAAUUUGUUGUGUUUGGUUCCAUGGAUCAAUAUAUGGAUGAGAUACAAACAAGUCAUAUCCUCAGGAAGAACAAAAAAUUGGCGAAGAAAGUAACAGAUGUGUUCAGAACUAGUCAGUCUUAUAAGCAGAGAAGCUUAUCCAAGUUCGGGGGAACAAGCGCCAUUCUUGAAGAUGCUUCUUGGACGCCAUCCAUAGAUAUGUAUGAUGAUUAUUAUUCAUGCGGCAAUGCUCUUUUAGAUCAACAGAUUCCACCAAAUUUUGAGUUGGCUGCCAUUAUUACGAGAGAUCCUAUUUAUGACAGCCCCAAGGAGGCAGAGACGGGUGGCUGGGGUAUGAAGUUUCUCAAGAAAUUCCCGACUGGAAGUAAAAAUGCACGUCCUGAGACAUCGGUGGAAUGUUGUUCACGUGGAACCAGUGAAUGCUCGACAAGCAUGGAUGUUAUAGUUCCAACUGGUUUUCAUGGUGGACCUAGAAGCAGACAUGCUGGGCCGUCAAGCCUGUUGGAGCGGUGGAGCUCUGGUGGGCACUGUGAUUGUGGAGGGUGGGAUCUCGGGUGCCCCCUCACAGUUCUUAAAACUGGAAAUGAAGCUUCAUCACAAACUACAUCUGGAGACUGCCAAACUUUUGAUCUCUAUAUAGAGGGUUCAAAACAAAGUGCACCAGUCAUGAAAAUGUUGAAUAUUCAUGAUGGUUUGUAUUACAUCCAUUUUCAUUCGACUCUAUCAGCUUUGCAGUCCUUUGCCAUAGCUGCUGCUUUCAUUCAUAGACAUAGUCCUUUCCUACGACCGAAACUGUACAGGAAUGCGUUAUUGGAGUCCGACUAUUUUGGAUUUAUGUUCUAUAGGGCCCCGUUAGGGGAAAGCGCGACCCGAGACCUCUACAAGAGCAGCCCCAUCCAUGUUGUUUGUUUCAAGGAAGAACAGAGCAGAAAAGAUGAAAUCUUUACAGCUCAAUUAGGAAUUUCUGGACAUGAUGAAGUAUCGGUUUAUCAAUACAUGCUAAUGGCGCCAAAUUCGAAUUCAAAAGUUACAAAGGCCUUUGAGGCAAUGAAGGUAUUUGGCUAUAGGGAAGAAGUUGUGAAGCCAGUAUUGAGGAACCUUCUGAAUCUGUACAACAAAAACUGGAAGCUUAUUGAAGAUGAGAAUUAUUCUGUUCUUUUGGAGGCUAUUAUAGACAGCGAGGAGUCUAAGGAAAGGCAGAAAUCCUUGUUGGAAGAUGAACCGGAAGAAAAUGAACCACCACUGAAAAGAUCUAGGCUCUACUCCCAGGGAAAUCAUUCUUCACCUGCUAAACACGAUGCCUGCCUUAGUUCUGACACAUGUACUUCAGAGUUGCAGCCUUCCGGCAAGCAGAAGAUGGCUGAGUUCACCACCGAGUCUUCUGAAACUGAGGAUGUUGAACUGAAGCCUCAUUCUCUCUUGAACCAUUAUCAGCGCAAAGGUAAGAAACAGAUUUCUUCAGAGGCUUCUCCUGUUUUGGAGGAGGAUAAUGACAUUGUAGUACUCUCUGAUGAUGACAUACAAGGACCUUGUACUCUGUCAUCUCAUUUGAAAUUAAAGAAAAGGGGAAACACAUCUCGUUCAUAUCCUGCUGUGAUACCCAAAAGAAAACUAGCUUAUAAUAGUAGCCUGGAAGAGCCAAACAUCAUGGGUUCUACUGAUACAUCCGUUGAAGGUGCUCUGGUUGAGUAUGGCUUCAGUGAUGCUAUGCCUCUCAAUAUGCCACUUUCUGAUAACCUGCCAGGUUUUGAUGUUCCUCUUGCUAUUGUCCCUUCAGAAUUGGAGUGUCUCAACUCUGAACAUUCGAGUACAAAAGGAAAUGAAGAAGGUGCAACAAAUUCGUCACGACUCAAUAUUGCUUCCUCUCCAAACGGGGAGGUGAAGAUCUCUUUUGUCUAUAAGCCAUAUUCUUCAUCAGACUUUUGUCCACCAAGUUUAGAUGCAGUCUUUAAGCGGAUGGAGGAAAAGUAUAUGAAGUCUUACAGAUUUUCUCAACCUGGUUUUCUGCUGAGGCUGAUGGAAAACCUAUGUGAAUGCUAUCUGACAGCUGGCACCAAGGCCAGGGCAGCAAGUAAGCCAUCAGCUGGGAUAGAGUCUCAGAAACUUCAUCCAGUAGGUGUCAAAUAUGAUGCUACUAAUCAUGAAUUGCACUUUGCUUCAGACACUAGCAAUGGCUCAUUCAAAUUGUCAAAUUUUAUCAAAGUCUUACCUCAAAUUCCAAGAUUUCCAGCUUCAGGAAAUAGGGAUAUAAUGUGCUGUAUGGUGGAUUUUAAUGGUACAAAGAUUAAUGGUGCUGAGAAGGACAACACUAACAAGGUUCUUAAACUCCUUGCUUCUUCAACUAUGGACAAUUCAAUGCUUGUUCAAAAUAAACACUCAUCUCCUGGUCUUCAUAAUUCUGUUUAUUAUAUUGAAGACAUCGCCAAUGGUCAAGAGGAGCAUAGAAUUUCGUUGAUAAAUGAAUUCAGCCAUGUCCUGCCUGUCUUUAAGUACAUACAUAAAAAUGUUAUUUUCCAGAAUGCCUAUGUGAAGUUUCUUCUUGCUCGUAUAUCAGAUGACAGCUGUUGUUCAAACUGCAGCGGGGAUUGUUUGUCUCAAGAUAUACCCUGUGCUUGUGCUGGUGAAACAGGGGGUGAAUUUGCCUACACAUCAGGUGGUUUGCUCAAGGAGAAGUUUCUUCAGAGUUGCAUCUCAAUGAAUCGUGAACCCCAAAAGCAUGGUUUAGUAUAUUGUCAGGACUGUCCCCUUGAAAGGUCUAAGAAUAAUAGCAUGUCUGGCCUGUGCAAGGGUCAUCUGGUGAGGAAAUUUAUCAAAGAGUGCUGGCAUAAAUGUGGCUGCAGCAGGGGAUGUGGAAAUCGUGUCGUUCAGCGAGGCAUAGCAGUGCCAUUGCAGGUGUUUAUGACAGCUGAUGGAAAAGGGUGGGGGCUCAGGGCACUGGAGGAUUUGCCUAGAGGUGCUUUUGUUUGUGAAUAUGUAGGAGAAAUAGUGACCAACACCGAGUUGUAUGAGCGAAACACGCAAACUGCUGAUGAGAGACACACAUAUCCAGUUUUGCUAGAUGCAGACUGGGGUUCGGAAGGUGUCCUGAAGGAUGAGGAGGCACUUUGUUUGGAUGCAACUUACUAUGGCAAUGUUGCAAGGUUCAUUAAUCAUAGAUGUUAUGAAGGUAACUUGAUUGAGAUCCCAGUUGAAGUAGAGACUCCAGAUCAUCACUACUACCAUGUCGCUUUUUUCACUACGAGGAAAGUUAAUGCUUUAGAAGAGUUAACUUGGGAUUACGGUAUUGACUUCACCGAUCAUAGUCAUCCAGUGAAAGCUUUCAAGUGCUGCUGUGGAAGUAAAGAGUGUCGAGACAUCAGCCUUUAAAGAGAUCUAGGAAGUAGACACUGAUGAUGCUGACCCCAUCGAUAGCGCUCAUAUAGAUAUAGGUAAAACAAGAAACAAAGUUUUGCUAUUUCUGGAAAAGAACCGCUGGUGUUAACACAGAUGAAGAUUCCUUCUUACUGAUGAUGUUGAUUGCUCCGAUCAAGAAGCACAAUUUUGGUUUUUUGAAAAGAACUGCGGAUGUUAUGUUCUACCAAUUGAUGAAAUUGGAUAUGAGUAUGUUGGAAAAACAUGUUUUAUUUGAGUACAUUACUUCUUAAUCCUA